UUCAGGAAAUGAGUUAUUGAUCAAUUCAGCAGGAUAAUGAUUCUUGUUUUGACUGUGUGUGCAUUACUGCUGUACCAGACCUCAGCCCAGUCAUCCUUGGAAAUUGUUGGAGCAGUUCAAAUAACUAGUGGUGGUAGUUUGCAGAUAAAUGGAAAAGAAGGAGAAAAUUUGACCUUGAUCUGUAAAAGUGACCUUUCAUCCUUGACUUUGGAAUAUGCAUCAGUUGUCUACAAUAACACAGAAAAUGACAAUGGUACCUAUACUAUAACAUUGAUUAAAAAUGCCACGAAGAGUGAUGAUGACCAAAUACUGAAAUGCAAAGCUACAAAUACAACGGGACAGGACUUGGAAAUAAUGGCAGUUGUCCAUCUGGCCACUGAUGCAAUUGACGUAGCAUUAGAAGGAGUAGGAACAGUGGAAGAGAACGACGUCGUCAAUAUCUCAUGUACCGUGUCACGUACACAUUAUCAACCCACAAAUAUCGUAAUUCUCUCUUAUAAUCCCAGCAACACGGAGAUCAACAAUGCAUCCCUGUACACAACGACAGCUGUGUACGAUAGUGUGACGGAGACCUAUACCACCACCCUAUCAGCCCCGCACAUCACAGUUGAUAGAUCAAUGAAUGGUCAAUCAGUAUUUUGUUAUGGUUCAGUGAAUUCGUCCAUGUUUUACCAAGUAAAGAGAUUUACUGUUUUCUAUGGGCCCUAUGAAGGUGAGGUGUCAUUAUAUGGCCGAGAGACAGGAGUGGAAGGAAAUAGCAUGACCUGGAUUUGCUAUGGAGGAUUCACCAACCCACAGCUGACCUUUACAUGGUACAAUGGCUCCAUGGAGUUCAGCCCUGAUACAUCACCUAUUGUAGAAAAAUAUAGUAAUUACUACUAUUCACGACAAGAAUGGAACUUCAAGUAUCAACGAGAUUACACGAGGAAUAAUAUCAGUUGUGUCGUCAGAGGCUCCGGAAACAGGACAGUAACCAAAACAAAGCAGUUUGGAGACAUUCUCUAUGAUCCAGAUUUAGUAGUAAGAGGGAGUUCAAUAGUGGAUGAGGGAGACACGUUAAAUUUGACCUGUGAGGUGGUAGCAGCCAAUCCAAUGACUAGUGGAUCCUGGAGUGGGGGAGUGGGUAAAUACUUGGUGAUAUCUGAUAUCAAGAGAAAUCAGAAUGGAAAUAGUUUCAGUUGUAGUGCUGAGAAUUCUGCUGGCAGGUCCUACCUCGGAGUCAUAAUCACGGUUCAGUAUGGACCAGAACUUUAUGUUAACCCUAAAAUAUCAUACAAAGAGGGAACAAAUGCCACAAUCUAUGGCUCUGUGUCAGCCAACCCCUCUGCCAGGCUGACUUGGAGAAAGGCAGGAAACGGCACGAUUUUGUCCACUGACCAGAAUCUAUUUCUGGAGAAUGUUAUGAGGGACCAAGCGGGGGUAUAUGUGUUGGAGGCCACCAGUGUAAAACAAAGGGAAAAUAAUGCUACAGAAGAAGUCAUUAGAAAUGCUUCAACAAUAUUAGAGGUCAUGUAUGGACCAGGAGCUUCUGUUGGCCUUUCCCCGAAUGUUACUGUCCUAGAAAUUGAGCAGGGGGCACCUGUUCCUCGUAUAACCUGUAUAGCAGACUGUGUACCUGAUUGUGACUUUACCUGGACUCAGGUGUACAGAAAUACAAAACGAUUUAGAUCUGGUAACACCCUGGAUCUUGGUAAUGCCACUGUAGCAGAGGUUGGGAUCCACACCUGCAAGGCCUAUAACUAUGUACGAUCACAGCAGUAUGCAGAAACUGUGACAUUUGAAUUAAGAGUGAAAUAUGUACCAGAGGUUCAGUCUGUCUCCCUUGACAAAUUCACAGGUAACCCAUAUGAUGACAGUAGUCCUAUUUCUGUGACCAGUGUUAUAAGGGCCUGGCCCUUAGUGGACCACCUAACAUGGGGCAUCAGAAAUGAUCGGUUCACAAACCAGUUUAUUCCUUUAGACAUGAGGUACAACACUAAUCGCACUGUGAACUGUUCAUACGACUGCGAGAUAACAGAGGUGCUCACCUUACAGACCCCAGACUGUGCAGACACGGGGAAUAAAUUCUCACUGUAUGCUGAGAAUGAACAAGGCAACUCUACCAUCAAAACAUCACUUAACAGUAUCACAGUCUUAUGUUCACCUCGUGUUGCUGAUGGUGAAACAGCCAAUCAGACCUAUAGAGUCUGUGAAGGGUCACAAAUCAACAUGUCAGCUAGAUUUAUAUCAGUACCAGGACCGGAUAUAUUGUGGUUCCGACUGCCAGAUACUAACAGAUAUGUACACAUGGACCGAUACAAUAACUACAGACCAGUGUAUUACACCACAAUAUACAGCAUACAAGACGUCUAUAAGUACAUGUUUGGGAGCUAUGUUGUGGAAGCAGAUAAUUACGGAGGUCCAAAAGCAAGAGCCUACAUUGAACUUCUGGAGGAUUCAAACUGUUCAGGAGGUUUACCCAUAACAGCAACAAAAGCCAUUACCACAGCAACCAAAGCCAGUACCGUCUCAAAAGUGACAAACACCGCCUCCCCUCAGAAAUCUGGAGAGGGCGAGGCAAUAGCAGGAGCUGUAGUGGGUUCACUCCUGUUGGUAGCCCUGGUGGUGAUAGGGACUUUAGUAUACAUCAGAUACCGCAGAAAAAGGAAAGGGAAUCAAAAAUUUGAACAGUUGGAUCUACAGAAUGCCCAGAAUCAUUGACAGAAAGGACGUUAAUAAGAAGCAGCUACAUAGAAUUUACACAUUCUCUUUGGUGCUUACUUUGACUAUUGGCAAUUUUUUUCAUAAUUUUAUAAAUACCUAGGUCAAUCAUCACCUAUGAUAUUAGUAAAUUACAGUGAUUUUUAGUGUACCUGAGCUAAUGCUUAGCGAGCUUUCUGAUCGGUGUGUGUCUGGUGUUCUUCUGUUGUCUUAUUGUGUGUCAUCUAGCUGUUAACUUACCUCAUUAUCAACUUCUUUGGUACUGGGUCAAGUUCAACCAUCUUUCCAUAAAGCAUCAAUGGGUUAAGGGGAAUCAAAUUUGUUAAGAUAAGGAGGCAUGCCCUCUUUCAGGGGGAGAUAAUUCAUAAAUAGUGAAAAAUUUGGUGACAUCAUUCUUUUUUGCUACAACCACUGUGCAAAAAAGACAAAACUUCUUCAAGGUGUGUAGAUUCAAGUUUGUUUGAAUCAUAGCCUUGGGGUUUUGGUGGGGCCAUGUUUUAUAUUGGAUAUGUAUACAAGGAAAAAAUCUUUAAAAAUAGCUAUGCCAUAUUUAGACAUAUUAAUAUACAGGUAGUGCAGAUUCAAAUUUUAGAAUCAUGGCCCUCAAGGGUAGCAUGGGAUCACAUUAGGGGAUCAAGUUGUACAUGAGAAUAUAUGGGGGAAAAUAUUCAAUAGUCUUCCUGUCAUUUGAAGGAAAUUUAAAAAAAAACAAAAAACAGGUAACAUUCCAGAAAUGUGCAGACUCAAUUUUUCUUCUUUUCUUUUCAAACUAUGGACCCUCAGGUAUUUAACACAAUGUCUGUUUGUACAUGUACAGGAAAAAUAUCUCCAAAAUAGCAGGGCCAUGUUAGUCAUAUUGAUAUUGAAGCAUCCACAUGUUGUGUGAAUUCAUGUUUGGUUAAGUCAUGACAAUUUGGAGCGGGGAUUGGACCACAAUAUGGGUUCAAAAUUAAGAGGGGGGAAAUCUUAAAUCUAAGAACAACAUGACCAAGGUUACGCAGGUGAGCAUUGUGGCCCACCUCUUGUUGAGGUGAGUAGAUACCUCAUGGUGCUUUUCAUGGUUGUGUGAAUGGAGAAUUCUUUACACUCCAGUGUGGGAGAGUUCUUUUUAUGGUAUAUCUUGUUAAUAGUUUUACUCUACAAGGAAUGUUCAGAAAGUUUUGUCAUCUAAUCUUGCAAAUCCAUUGUUUGAGACAAAUCCAUUGUUUGAGACAAAUCCAUUGUUUGAGACAAAUCCAUUGUUUGAGACAAAUCCAUUAUUUGAGACAUAUCAAGUUGUUUUGAAAUUAUUUUAAUUUACUAUGUAUACAUAUCAGUUUUAGAAUUAUAUUUUUAUGAGAUAGACAUUUUAUUUUUAGCUCAUCUGCAGUGUUAGAUGCAAGUAACUGAAUAAAUGCAUGUGUAUGUUUAUGAUGUCUGUCUUUGGCUAUAUUUUGAUAGAUAACAUAAUUACUCAUAAAUGUACAUAGUUAAGGUUUGGUAUCUUCAAAGUAUGACCCCCCUUCCAGGGGCCAGGCUGUGACCUUAAUAAGGUUCUAAGGUUGAUCAAGGAAAUACAUGUAUGGGUAUAACAAUUCAACCUUGAUUUAUCAGGCAUUAAUCAGUAUCACUAUACAUUCCUGUGAAAUACUCAAAUAUGAUUGGACAGGAAAGAUUAAAGUCAGCACACUUUUACCUCUUAUGUAUGCAUUCACAGGUUAUAUUUCAUAAUGAUUACUUCACAAGCAUUGUUGUGCAAAAUUUUACCUGUGAGGUUCAUCAUAUAUAUACUAUUGAGUGUUAAAUUAUAGAAGCUUUACUCUGAUACAUACUCUUAUAUGACUUGAUACUGUUUAUCUAGAUUCCUUAUUUUACAUGAGUUCUUAAUUUUGCUGUCUAAUCGAGAGAAUAUGAAUUUGCAAGUUGACUGUUGAACAGGAGUUUCUACAUUAUAAAAAUAAAAUUCAGUAAUUUGAUUUUGUGAGUGGUGAAUCUCACCAUAUUAUACAUUAAUAAAUUCUUCACGUACAUUUAGGAUUCUACUGUAACAGUAUUCAGUGUGUUAACAUAAGAAAAGCAACAGUUGAUAUCAUCACUGUACUAAGACCUUGUGUGCCAAGGGUUUUCUUGAGGCAAUUAUUUCAAUUCUAAUCAUGUGUCAUAUUUAUACAUUGUUACAUUUGAAAAAGAAAUGAAGUGGAGACAUUCCACAUCACAUCUAGCUUUUUGUGUUACUUUAUAGAACAAUAUUGAUUUUAUGUUCUGUCCCUUAUCAUACUUUAUUGUUAUUAUAUGACUAUAACAUGUACAUCUAUCUACCUCUACUACAGUAUGAUGUUUUAUAUACAUGUAUGUUAAUGCAAUUGUUUAUUUGUUGUUGGUUGUACAAGUUACAAUUUCCUUCUUUUGGAUGAUAAGUAAUUAAAUGAUUUGGUGCUCAUUGAACUUUUUUCCAUUUAAGCUCAAGUUGUCAAAGAUUAGAAGAGUUUUUGCCAUUGAUAUUUACUAUAUGUAUUUCUCAAACAAUUUUUCAAAAUGCUACAGUUUUGAUCCAUUUUUGAUAGAAAUUUGUCACACAAGUAGAAUAAACAA